AUCCUGAAGAAACUUCUCAGAGUUGCAAAAUAUGGUUUGUAUAGUUGGUUGUUCUAAAGCCUGAGGGUGAACACUGUUAGCUCAAGUCCUGCCCCUGAGCUGUGCCCCUAAAGCUCUUCAUUCUGUAUUGGGUUGUAUGUUUUGGCUUUUUUCCUUAUGCGUUGUCUUUUGUGAAUCGCAACUUGGCUCAAGUAGUGGGAAAUAAAACUGUUCAAUUGAACUGGUAUUUUCUGUCUUUAAAAAAAGAAAAAUCUUGGCAGUGCUGUCAUAUAUACCACUCAAGUAACCAUUCUAUGUGCUGGUUUUCAAAUGUGUGAGAGGGAACAGGAUGUAACUAGCUCUGAAAGCAUUGUCUCUUGAAUCUUGAAUGUUGCGCUUUCUAACACCAGGGAGCCCUGUGAAGUGGAGUCACCAGCCGCAAGGUAGAUGAGCAGGCUUCGUAUCUGAGGAAAAGACCCAAGUGAUUCAGAAUGGAAGCUGCCCAUGGACCAGAGGGGUGAUUGGGGACUACUAACUUAGUCAGUGAAGAGAUUAACAAACACUCCCUGUCCUAGCAUGCUUCCUUGUCUAUGGAGCUUCAAUGAAUAUACUGAAGCACAGAGUCAGUGCUACUCUGUCACCUUAUCUUCCUCCCAGGUCUUGACUCUUCUCCAGGAGGAAAGUGCUUAUUAGCUCUUUAAUUUGAAACAGUGCCUGUGUCUUGAAAACUGUAUUGACUGCUCAUCCUCACCAGCUUUGUUACAGGAAGGAGAGAGAUGUCUGCCAGCCACGGGUGUAUAUGCAAACUGUUGAAAGCCAGGGACCUCUAGUAAAAAAAAAAACCAAAAAAACCCCACAACACGAAAGCUCCAGUAAUGCUGAGGAGCUUUUGGGAAGAUCUUUGGUAUCCAUGGGAGCAUCUGUGGGAGCAGUAACAAAACAGACCCUGUUCCCUCCUCUCAUGCCUGCAGGGCGACCUUUCCGUGUGUCGAAUGCCUCUCGAAGCAGCCGGAAAGGAAUUGUAGCAAGCAGUCUGCAAGAGCUCAUCAGCAAGACUUUAGAUGCCUUCCUUAUAUCUGCUGGAAUAGUUACUCUGGUUUUGGAGGAAGAUGGCACGGUUGUGGACACAGAAGAGUUCUUCAAGUCUCUGGAUGAUAAUACACACUUCAUGGUUCUAGAAAAAGGACAGAAAUGGACACAAACAAGAAAUGGACUUGCCACUGUGAGACAAAAGAAGAAAAUGGGAGUAGCUAACAUCACGUUUGAUCUGUACAAGCUGCACCCGAAGGAUUUUAUUGGCUGCUUGAACAUUAAGGCGACCUUCUAUGAGAUCUACUCUGUCUCAUAUGACAUCAAAUGUAUGGGAGCAAAAAGUGUAUUGCGGAAGGUGCUUCAGCUGAUGUCCCACGCAGCACAAAUUACUGGACAGUUUCUUCUCUAUACUGGAACUUACAUGUUGCAGUUGAUGGGUGAAUAUGAUGAAGAUGGCACAUGUGCAAGAUCAAGGAGGGAGCAGUGAGCCCAGCUGCGCUUCUGAUAUUGGAUCCUUUUGUUUAAAGACAUUCUCUUGUCCAUAUUUGAUUAUAAUGAUGUAGGAGGGAUAUCCACUGAUGUGAACUAACAUUUUUCCCGUUUGGGAAUGGUUGUAGGCCUUGAUCAUAAAAUAAGUGUUUGGUGUCCACAGGCUCUUAAUGCCACAAAAGAAUGGGUGCUUAAACCUGAGAAUUUGCCCCAGCAACUUGAAAUGGAAAAUACUUGGAAACUUGUGUGCUUUGUAACCAGUGGAAUGUUUCUUGCACUGAUCAAAGCAUAAUGUGGUUGGAUUUUUUCAUGGCUGUCUACUUGCCUUCUGAACAGACCGGGCUGGGGUGAGGGGGACUCUGGGUUUUUUGUUUUUAAUCCUUAACAGUGCUGGUAUUAGUGCCCAGCUGGCAUUGAGGUACAAAAGAGUGAAGUGUAUUUAUUUACUGCUGCUAAUAAUGGAACUACACAAUAUAACUUAAUCCUGGUUUAGUGACUGACUAAUGAAGUCCAAUUGGAGAAGUGCAACUACUAAGCAGAACCUUAAAAUUUAGCCUUACUUCCCUUAAAACAAGUAAAAACUUUUCAUCAUAACUCUUCAUACUUCAAAUCUACAAAGAAAUUCAGGUUAGUAUAGCUCACACAAGUUGAAGAACCUGAUAUAUUUAUUUAAUGGGUCUGAUGUCCAGUUCUGCCUGAAGUAUUGAAUAAUUCACCAUAGUUUCAUGAAUAUGGCUUACAAGCAGCCUGCUGAGCUUUCUUCGGGAGUUAAAUCAUCACUUCUGUAGUUUUUACUGUUUAGGUACAAGGUGACACAACAUCCCAAGUUGUACUUGAGGUGCAAGUAAGAGGUGCUGGAUUUUGAUGCCCCUGUGUUUGAGGAGAGCACUCUUGUGUAACAUACAUAUGCUCCAAACUGGAUAUUUGCAGUUUUAUAGUCUCCCAAGACAAGCUGUAUUAAGGGCAAACUUUCUAAUCCUUAAAUAGAAUUCUCCAUACUGUUUUGUACACUUCAGUGAAUGGCUAGUGUGACCAGCUUUCAGCAAGCUUUUCCUCAACAAUGUAGAAAACUGGAAAAUGAGCAGUUAGACAUGUUGUUAAAAUACAAACUCCCAUUGCUGGAGGGGAAAAGCCCAGCUUUGUUCAUAGGUGUGGCUUUUGAACUUUUCAUUUGCUUGCUCGUGAAAAAUUUUAGUAAGUUGUCAUAGUCUUGCUUAAGAUUGAAAGCUGUUAAGGAGGCAGCAGAUACAGGUAAAUGUGUCUGACCUCAUGGUAGGUGCCACUAGGAAGAGAAGCUAUGGUGACAGCAUGAACACGCGGGGCAAGGGAAGAAGGCAAUGGGAGCAAAAGGGAAAAGACCAGUGUGGACCCCGCAGUGCUUGCCAUGCAGCUGCUGAGAAAGGAGUCCAUUAACUGUGGACAUCAACUGCACUGGCCAGUUGGAGGAAAACCUAAUCUCCUACAAAAAGAGCAGAUGGGCUGAAAAGACCAAGCAUCAUGAUUGGUGGGAUCUAUUCUGACCUGUCAGCUGAGUCUGUUCACUAUAUGUGGGAAUAUUGCUCUCACUUUUAUCUGCAAAUUCCACCUUUAUAUGCUUAUUUUUACCUUCCUUUUAUGGAUGGGACCUAGCCAGCUGGAGCUGCAUCUUUCAAAUCACUGUUGUGACGAAAGGCAAGUGUUAAAGGUACUGAUGGACACAAGUUUGGUAGGUCUCUGCCAGUCUCUCCAGCAAUGGUAUUACAACUAAGUAGACAGCUAAGAAAAACCUUGAGUUUUCCUGAUUUCUGUUGUUUCCCAUCUACAUCUGAUUGUUUGCUGGAGGAGGGGGGAGGGCACACUGCUCUAGGCAAGGUGAGGACGGGUUCUUUCCUGAUUUCUUGCAGGGAAGAAUGUCUGUAGCUUGCAGGACUGUUAGGUUUCCUUCAGAAGAAGACAAUCUAUUCUGGGAGUAAUAAGAAAGAGGUUAUAUUAAAAUGAAGCUUAAUACUUCAUCUGUAUUGUUCUUGGCGUCUCACCCACCCAAAUGAUUGUUGCAGUGAUAAUAGUUGGCUAAAGUCUUUCUACCCCUAUCAAGGAAUUGCAUUUAACUGAUGCAGUGCAAGGACUUUGUCAUUAAUUCUUUCAGCUUUAAAGAACCAUUUAUUCUAUUAGAACAAGCAGAUCUCUUGAAAGCAAACUCUAUAUAAUGCUCCUAGGAAUAUUUAUGCUGCUAAUGGUGGGAGCAUCAACGUUAAAAAAAACCCAACCAACCAACCAAACUUGCAUAGUUCAGUACUGCUUUGUAUGAAUUGCCUCUUCAACAUCUGUAAUACAAAAGCUUUUGCAAGUCUGAACUGUGCAGAUCUCAAAUUCCAGCCUUCUAUAGCCAGAGGCAAUUGUUACAGAACUAACACUUCAUACUUUCCAAUGGCACUGAGAACCUGACAUGAUCUAAAAUGCUAACUCACUAUGAAUUUGCGAUGUUUUUAAGCAGCUGCUUCUUUGACAGCUUAAGAGUUAAAACUUAAGCUGCUGAAUGUCAUGUGAGCUGUAAAAUCUCCAUCUUAGAGCAUCUCCCUCUGAUUCAAAAUGCAAACAGCUGAACAAAGUAACUCAGCUUUGAUGUUUUCUCAAAAUGGGAGAAGUGACUUGGAAGUUGCAGGAGCCUGAGUUGCUUCACUGCUGCUGAAUUUGGGUUUUGCCACAGGCUUAGUAUUUGGGGGAUGAUAUUUCCUACUGUACCAACUUCUUUCCAGAGAUAAAGUUUUGGCUUUGGAUCAGACUGGAGGAGUUUAUCAUUCUCUGAGUUGGAACCAGUUUGAUUUUGUUUUUCACAGGCUGCUUAGGAGGCACAGCUUUUACUUAAGCUGUGUAUGCGGUACACAGUAAAGAGCAACUUCAGCAUUAUCUUUCAGCAAAUUAUAUACAAGUGGUGUACAAUAUCUAGCAAGAAACAGAAAAACUAAAAGCACAGGCUUUUAACUGCAGAUAUGUAGAGAAGCAGCUAGCUUUUCUACUUGCCAGUUUUAACUUUAAUUUUUCUUUCCAUAAGCUCAGUUAAUCUGCACUUGUUAGUGUUGCAGUCAGGGCUGGGAGCAGUGACAUGCUGAAGGUGUGAAACAUGUUUACUGCCUCCUUGCUUGCACUGACCCUUUUUGCCUGUUGCUUUGCAUCACUUGCUAACAAUGCACCAAGUCAUACUCUCCAGUUACCAAAAAAGGAAUUUUCACUGAAGUACUCGAUCUUGUUGACUCAGGCACUGUUCAUGUUCUGCAGGCAAAACAAAGUUGCUCUCUUUGUGACUAGAAUGAAGAAUCUUGUAGGUUUUUUGUAUGCAUAAUUUAUCAUUACUUAAUUUCCUUCCUUUCAUAAACCCAUGAAGUUGUUGCUUUCUUGCACCUUCCUAUUAUUUCAGGAAAAAUAAGAUUACAAGCUCUUCUGUCCAGAGGGAGAGGAAAAGGCAGGAUUUAAAUUCCUUAGACCUUUUUGGAUAUGCUCUAGGAAACAUCCUGAAUCCCUUCCCAAAAAAGAAGGGAAGGAUAAAGAAAGGAAAGUAAGACUUUGAGCUGGAAGUUUUUUCAGUACAGUAAGUAGAGAGGUAUUCACAAUUUAGGAAACAUUGUAGGAAAUGUAAUUCUGAAUAUUAACUGUGAUGAUAACUACAUAUGAUCAUUUGUAACUGACUAGAAUUGUAACUCUAAAUCAUUUCAGCAUGCUUCUUCCUGAGAUGGCACUUGAACUGAAGGCACAAGCUUAUUUAAGUAAAAACAAAAAAAAAAAGCUUAAACCCAAAGUACAAAGUGUAUUUUUGAUUUGAUGCCUCAAGUUUUACUGGAGGUAUUAAUGUGAUUAACAUACCACUUCAGCUAUAUAUUAUUAUCCUUAUGGGGUUUAGAGUUUAUCACUGCUUUCUCUACCUUACCCUGUCAUAUAUGCAGUUAAGGUAUUUAUAAUCAUGAGGAUUGCUAGUUUGCUAAGGAAAAAUAUAGUAUUUUACUAUGUCAAAAUUUUCAAGCUCAGUAGUUUAACUUGCUAUGAAAAUCGAGAUGGGUGAGAAUUGUGUCAGUGAUGGCAAUAUUUUCUGAUGCGUUGUGCCAAUUUUAAAGAACACUGUCCAUGAAUAAAUAAAACCAAAUGGUGGCUUUGGA